AUGGAUCUUGUGCAGUCUAUGCCGCCUGUGACGAGGGUCAUGAUCAUUGGCAUGGCCCUCAUGGGACUUUCUUGCUCUACGAAUAUGGUAUCUCCCUAUGAUCUGGCACUUUUGUGGCCAUGGAUCCUGAAACGGUGGCAGUGGUGGCGCAUCAUGAGUGCUUUUUUGUUUCCCGGCCUGGGCCUGCAAAUGCUGUACAAUGGAGUAUUUUUUCUGGAAAUGUCGCGGACAAUCGAGUCCUCCGUGUUUUUGGGAGAUACAGCCGAGUAUGUGUGGUCGCUGAUGGGCAUUUCGAGCUUCAUUCUGGCGUUCAACUAUCCCCUCAGCAGUCCGUUUCUGUUUCAGCCGCUGUCGUCAGCCCUCACUGCCCUAUUUUCGAUCCACUUACCCCACAUAAACCUGUCUUUACUAGGCAUGUUUUCCAUGCCUGGCAAGUAUGUGGCGCUCGGCUCUCUAGGCAUCAGUUUGAUUGCUGGUGGUGUGCCCGAAUGCUUGCAGUGCUUUACGGGCAUUGCGGCAGGGUAUCUAUGGCACGUACUCAAGAACCCUCUUCGGCCUGACCAGGAUCGUCGGCACCACAGGAUCCUGUCCUUCAUCGGCAAAUACAUUUCGCCACGUUUGCAGGUGCCCACGGCACUCCGCCAGAUGAUGGCGCGCACCUCGCCCAUCCGCCGCACUUCAUUCGGCACAGUGUAUCCGAGUCGAAGAUCCACGACGUCCACCACGUCAUCUAGGACCAAACCCGCGCGAGAGCAGACGCGCCCUGAUCGUGCGGCCAUCCUCGCCGCCACGGAGGCGCGUCUCCGUGCCACAGCACAGAAUGAAAAGUAA